GGGCAGAUCCUCUUUUGCACGCUCAACACGCACAAAGUGGACAUGCAGAAGCUGCUGGGGGGACAGAUCGGCCUGGAGGACUUCAUCUUUGCCCACAUCCGGGGCGAGACGAAGGAGGUGGAGGUGACCAAGACAGAGGACGCGCUUGGCCUCACCAUCACGGACAACGGGGCUGGCUAUGCUUUCAUCAAGAGAAUCAAGGAGGGGAGCAUCAUCAACCGCAUCCAGACAGUGUGCGUGGGUGACAGCAUCGAGGCCAUCAAUGACCACACCAUCGUGGGUGACGAGGUGGCCCGGAUGCUGCGGGAGCUGCCCCGGGCUCAGCCCUUCACCCUCCGCCUCGUGCAGCCCAAAAAGGCCUUUG